GCCCCGCCCCGCCCCAGUGAGAAGACUUGGCUCAGAGCCGGCAGUUCGCACCGGAGGAGCGCGAAGGAGCCGGGCGGGUUAGCGCGGCUGAUCCGCGGCGCAGCAUGACCUCCCUCGGCGUGCAGGCCCAGAGGCUGCUGGCCCAGAGGAGGCCUCACCAGUCCUUCUUUGAGUCCUUUAUCCGGACCCUCAUCAUCCUGUGUGCCUCCCUGGCUGUGAUCCUCUCCUCCAUCUCCAUCUGCGAUGGCCACUGGCUCCUGGCCGAGGACCGCCUCUUCGGGCUGUGGCAAUUCUGCACGACCUCCAACCAGACUGCCCCACACUGCGUCAGAGACUUGAGUCAGGCCCACGUGCCUGAGCUGGCCUGGGGCAUGGUCCUGGCCCGCAGCAUGGCCACCUUGGCCGUGGUGGUCGCCAUCUUUGGCCUGGAGUUCCUCAUGGUGUCCCAGGUGUGCGAGGACCUCCACUCCCGGCACAAGUGGGCCAUGGGCUCCGUCCUCCUCCUCGUCUCUUUCGUCCUCUCCUUCGGGGGUCUCCUGAGCUUCCUGAUCCUUCUCAGGAACCAGGUCAGGCUCAUCGGCUUCACCCUGAUGUUCUGGAGCGAGUUCACGGCCUCCUUCCUCUUAUUCCUCAACGCCAUCAGUGGCCUCCACAUCAACAGCCUCACCCAUAUCAACAGCCUCACCCAUUCCUGGGGCCAGCCUACGAAAUUCAGGCUUCCUUCUGAGGACAUCAGAUUCUACCAGAAAGUGUCAUCAAGUGACUCUUCCAACCUACGACCUUGAAUCUGCCACCUCUUAGCCCUAGGCCCUUUGCAGCUGGUCUGCAGCCCAGAGGCCAGUGGGUGCCUCAGUGCCACCAGCUGUACUGUUUUAGCCAAGUUAUUAGGAUGUUGAUUUUACAAGAAGAAAUUUUAAAACCUUUUCUUGAAUCCUUCGUGGGACGGGAAUGGACUUGGAAGGAGGUCAGGUAACAGGUGCCCAGGUUGGCUGCACAGCCAGGCACAGUUCACACCUGCAUUAUUGACUCUGCUGGGAUGUGGGCUGCUGGGUCCCUGGGGGCUCCUGCAUCGCUAGGAGUAACUCAUUCUUCCAGCAAAGUUCAGUGCCUUGGAUUUUCUUCCACCAAAUCAAAGGACUUUUGUGCAGUUUCCCUGCUUUAGCUUGGUCAUGCCAGGGAGGCAGAGGUCAGGAUUUCUUUCCUGUGGUAGGUGUUCAGUCCACUUUUUUUCCAGCCACACCCACAGCUUGUGUAAGUCCCUGGGCCAGGGAUCAAAUCCCAGCCACAGCUGAGACCUAUGCCACAGCUGGGGCAACACUAGAUCCUUAACCCACUGUACCAGGCCAGGGAUCAAACCAGCGCUGCCUCAGGGACAAGCUGGAUCAUUAACCCAUUGUGCCACGGCGGGAGCUCCUGAUUUUCCAGUCAUUUAACUUUCCUUGAGUCCUGCCCUUUGGGGGACCCCAUGAUCCCUGGAUAACCCUGGCUUCCAGCAAGGGGCGGUCCCCUCUGGGAACCCUCCCUGUGAAUCUGGCCUUAAGCCUUUCCAAGAGGGCCUACCUGACUUCCAAUACCCUGUCCUCUGGAGAAAGCGUGAGUCCACACUGGUUAAGGGUCAGACCCCACCGCCUUGCUCCCCCUGCAGGGUUCCAUUUUUGAUGCUAGAACACACUGCAAAGAGCACGUAUCUGGAGCUACUGGACUGCAGGGGGCACAGGGAACUGGCCAGACCCCCAGUAAUGAUGAACAACCAGCCUGGAUGCAGAUGCCCGAAGGUUAAAUGGACCGCGAGCCAGUGGAUAUUUCCACCCUUGCUGGCAGAUCUAUAUUUUGGGUAUCUUGAAUUGACCCCUUUCCAGGUUCUUUUCUUUCCUCAGCCCAUUCCAUUCUAUGCUUAGCCCCUUGGCCUUCCUGGUUCAUUUUGGCUGCUGCUGAUUGAGUGGGGUUUGGUCUUUGCCCUGCUAGGUCCCCUCUGUGGGGCUGGACUAUACCUACCUCUUGUGAUUUUUUUUCAAACACUGUUUCCAAGCUCCAUGGAGUCCCUAGAGGUCACUGGAGAAAGGUUUUGUGGACCAGUCAGGGUUUUUGGAGAGCAAAGCUCGUCAACCCUAUAGGCUGGGUUCUUUGCCCUGGAAAAGGGGCACCUGGCCUUCCAUCCCAGGGGCUGUCUACAGGGUGCAAAGGGGGUGGUGACCUGGUCUGCAGGGAUGAGACGCAGAAGUGGGGAGCCAGGGUCACGCAAAGCCAGGACUAGAGCUGGGUCCACCCACCAGCAAGACGCCCUCAUCUCCACUGGCUGCGGGGUGGGGUCGUCUCUGCUUCUGUGCAGAAUGUUCUCCCCUGAGCACAUAGGCCUUGUUUCCUUAAAGGGCUCAGAUAUUCAGUCCUCUUUCAUCCUUACGUGGCUGGUGGCGAAGGAGUGCUGAUAUUAAGGGACCGAGGAUCCAGAGGGUUAAGGGUGAGACCCAAGUCUCCAUUGGUGGUGGAGAUAGGCUGCUGUCCCUCCUGCCCAGGAGCAGGGGAAGGGGACACAGCCUCAGCGCAUGGGGUUUUGAAACAAAAGCAGUAGCCUGUGCUGCUACUUCCUUGCUGAGUAUCUUGGUCAAGUCACAGGACCUUUUGGCGAACUGGUUUUUCUGUCAAGUGGGAUUCUGCCCCGUUUCCAGCUGUACUGAGAAUAACUGUUAACUCAAGAGCAGUAAGAGCAAUAGGGGCCUCUACCAUGUUGGGGUGACUAAGAGCAGCUGUGGUCCUCUGUGAUGUGAUCCAAUUCAGCUACUGUCUUGAAGGCUCUGGGGUAAGAGCUGCUGGCCAGGUGAGCUGCACUGAGGGGAUGGAGGGGCCACCAAGGGCCUCAAUUUCUCCUGUUUCCUGGGCUUCUAAGCUUGUCCCUGAACUGGGGCAGGGGAAUGAGGGAAGCCCCUCCUCCAGGAAGGGGUAGGGAUAGAGCCAGAGCAUCCUUCGCCUUGUAUCCCAAGGACAAGAAUAUUGACAAAUCUCAUUCCGGUUGCCAUUACUCCCCUCCUCCCUUCUGGAACCCCCAGAACUGCUCUUCCCAGAAAACACAGCAGACCCAAAUCCCAGGCCUCUUCCUGCCCCAGGGCAUCCCAGGUUCAUUCAGUUCUGAGGAAUUAUCACCACGCCCCCACCCCAAGGCCUGGAGGAGAGUGUUAGUCAUAGAAGGUCACAACUGUCUGUCAGAGCCCUGCAGCUGUCGGGGACCCAUCUUGGCCUCUGUGGGUGCAUGGCCCUGCUCCGGCCUCAGAUGACACUGGCCCUGCAGGUGCCCUGGCUCUGCUCCGAGGGGCUGGCCUUGGUGCUGUUACUGAAGGAGGAGCUGAGGGCCACCGGGCGCAGUGGGAACUCAUGGAGGUGCCACUGCCGCCACUUCUUCUGAACCUCCAGCUGCACCUGCCCCCGGAGACCAAUCAUCAGUCAGAGAGAGGAUGACCCUGUGGCCAGGGUCCUGCUCUUCCCCCAGCCCAAGCUGUGCCACUCCUGCUCCUGGGCACACUGUCCCCUCUCCCGUUGGCUGCGCAGAUUUGCCAUCUCCAGCCAUCCCUCUCCAAAGCCAUUCCUUAGACCUGCCCGAGGAUAAUCACCUCAUUCACAGCUCCAGUCUAGACCUACAGGAUCCAUGUUUGCUGAUUUAGAAACAAGGGAGGACCCAGUGGUUGUUUUAACAAGGCCUCUGGGUGAUUCUCUUGCCCCCGUGAAGUGAGCUGGAACUCCUAGAAGACAGGCCCAGGCCUCGCCCAGCCACAUGGCACCCCGCUCCCCACCAUCCCUCCCGGGAGGCUCCCCCAGGCAUCAGGGCAGCCCCGGGACACUCACCUCCCCAUUGAGGAAGCAGUAAAGGACAGCCACCACCAGGCCCUGUGGAGGAGGCAAGGGUACAGGGAUUGGUGCCAGGACUCCAGCCCCCAGGCUCAGUCUCCCCCCCUCAGCCCUUUAAUCUCCAGCCUAGGCUCACUUGUCCCCAUAGCUCUUUCAGAGUGUUCCUACACCUCUCCCACCCCAGGGAGAAACUGGGGCUUCCUAUUCUGGCCCCACAUGCCCUUAGCUGUGCUGGCGUCACCCACUCAGUCUGAGACCCUUGGAGGCAAGGAUGUCCCCAGUGUGUUGCACAGAGUUGGUGUCAGUUACAUUCAGUAGAGACUAGGCAGGUAGCUGGGAUCCCUAAGGUGGGCCAUCCAGAGAGGCAGGGAGCGGUGGCACUGGACGCAUGCCUGUCCUGCCUGCAACAAGGGGGGUGGCCCACAUGAGCCCCUGGGCCGGGGUGGGCUCCUUGGCAGGAUGAACGCGGGAUCUGGAGAGGUUUAAGCAGAGAGCUAUUCAAGUUGAAAAAAGAAAUGUUUGGGAAUUCCUGCUGGGCUCAGCGGUAAUGACUCUGACUAGAAUCUAUGAGGAUGUGGGUGUGAUCCCUGGCCUUGCUCAUUGUAAGGAUCCAGCGUUCCCCUGAACUGUCAUGUAGGUUGCCACCAUAGCUUGUAGCUGGCGUUGCUGUGGCUAUGGUGAAGGCCAGCAGCUACAGCUCUGAUUCAACCCCCUAGCCUGGGAACUUGCAUAUGCUGUGGGUGCAGCCCUAAAAAAAGAAAAAAAGAUAAAAAGAAAGAAAAACAAGCGUUUGAACCCACCUCAAGAGCAGGUCCCAGCAGCUAACAGUGGAGCUUGACUCCCUGCUCACAUCUCCCAGGUCAGAGGCUUCAGGGCUGCAUAUGCUCUAUGUCCCUGGUGUGACGGGGUCUGUACCUAUCAGGACCCUCCCUCCCUAGCAUCCAGAGCUCCUGUUUUCCCAGUGGUGCCCCUGGACUCCAGGCAUGGAGAUCUGCCAGGCUGAGAUGCAGGGUUUGAGCCUGAGAGGCUUGCACGGAAACAUGAGCUGUGAAUGAGGGUGUCUCACUCCCUCUGUGCUGCUCAUGCCCUCAGGACCCCAGGCUUCCCAAUGGUGAGCACCCUUUCCUGUAGAGGCCUGGGUGCCACAGCCCUGGCUCAAGUGGCCCAAACCCCUCGCCAUCCAGUCCCUCAAGGCCUGCCCUUAGCUACUUAGGACACAGGACCCCAGGGCAUGACGAACAACCCAUUUAUGGUGGGCUUCAUACACAACUGCUCAGGGGUCCGGCAUUUUAGCAAGAGAAACAAGCUCGAGGGACCUGUUGUAGCGUUUCAGCCAUGGAUGAAGCCACAUGGAUGGUGACCAUGGGGGUUGAGGCAGGAACACUCAAGACAGCGGUUUCCAAGUUUUGCUGCACAUGAAUGUCACCUGGCAGCUUACUCAGGGUGCUCUCUGUACCCCCAAAUUCCAGUGCCUGGGGUGUGACCAUCAGCAGCUUUGAAAGACCCCAUGAUGGUUCCAAAGGGCAUCACUGAUUAGGAGUCGCUGUCAGAGGGUGUGAAAGGCAGGCUCUGAAAUAAACCAGAGCUGGGUGUGGGGCGCAGCUUAGCCUGUGUAACUGCGGGCUUCUGGGUUCCAGAUGCUUCGUUUACUACUUGUCAGAGCCCCGGGGAGGAGCCCCACUUUGCAGAUGAAGGAACUGAGUCAUGGGGUUCAGCAGGCCCCAGAGCUGGUGGUCAGGCUGCUCCCAUCUCACUGGGCCCAGGGUUUCAUGGAUCUCUAAGAUCCGGCGACACAGUAUCACUGUUCAGGUGAGGGCAGGUUAGAGGUGCCCCAGGUACGCAUAGGGCGGGCUUCCCACAGCCAUCAAGUUUAAGAAAUUCCAGUAUUUAAACCAGCAUUAAAAAUGAAGUUAAUGAGGAGUUCCUGUGUGGCUCAGUGGGUUAAGUACCCAGCAUCGUCACUGCAGUAGCUCUGGUCGCCGCUGUGACACAGAUUAGAUCUCUGUCCUGGGAACUUCCCCAUGCCAUGGGCGUGGCCAAGAUUUUUUUUUAAAAUGAAGUCUUUGAAGAAUUUUAAUGACAUGAGGAAAUGUUCAUGAUGGAGUGAUAGAGAAUUAAAAUGAGGAUAUAAAACCACUCAUCACGAUCUCAUUUAGUGUGUGUGUGUGUGUCUUAGAAAAGAGACUUGGAAGUAAACACACCAACAUUUUCACAGGUUAUAUCCAAGUUAUGAGAUUAUGGGUUAAUUUUCCAUUUUCUUUUAACUUUUCCUCAUUUUCCAAAUUUUCCUCAGUAAGCAACUAUUUCUAUAAUCAGGAGAGCUAAUAAACUUUAGUUUUAAAAAAAUAUGUCAGUGAUAAUGGUAUUGUGGUUCAUGUGUGCUCUUUAAGCCCUUGUCUUUUAGAAACACAUACUCUGGGGAGGCUAGAGGGGGCAGCCCUGGGGUGGGAUCUGAAGGUGUGGGUUAACCUGACUCCACGGUUCCCGGUGACGUGUCCGCUCUGGAACCUGGGCAUGGCAGGAAGACAGUCAUGGACACACCCGUCCCAGACAGAACUCCAGGCAACAUGAGGCUGGGGCCUGCCCAGGUGAAGAAGACUCUGCAGAACCAUCAAUGCUGUUGAAGACGGGCUGCUUCCUUGAGGAAAAGCCACUGGGAGAAAUUUCUCUCAGGCCCCAAAAUCUAUAAUAUGAGGCCUCUCCUGGAAAACCAGCUUGUUUUCAUCCACAGAUAGCAGAAACCUUGGAACAGACUGUGUUUCUGUCUUUGCUUUGGCUUCUGGGAAGCUCCAAACCAAACUUAUGACACACCUCUCCCACCUUCAAAGGACUUCAUGGAAUUUGUUUCUGUGUAUGAAUUCACUUUGGGCUUAUUCUCUUUCCUCACUGAUUCCCUCAUCUAUUUAUUUUCUGUCUUUUGUAUGUUUUUCCUGAAAGCUACAUCAAUUAUUUUUGGAAGGAGAUAAUUACGAAUAAACAAAUAGCAUUGUAAA